CUUUUAAUUUUAUGUCAAAAUGUAUUUUGUAACGCAAAUGUAGAUAUUAACCAAAAUUAUAGCCCUUUUGUUUCCGCCAAAAGUCCCUUUAUAGUGUGUUCCCUGGCACUAUGGCGGCCCAGGGUGUUCAUUCCUGCCAAUUCGAGGUAUUCGGCAAGGUGCAGGGCGUCAAUUUCCGGAGGCAUGCGCUGCGGAAGGCCAAGACCCUGGGUCUCCGGGGAUGGUGCAUGAACUCCGGCAGGGGCACCGUGAAGGGCUACAUCGAGGGACGACCCGCCGAGAUGAACGUGAUGAAGGAGUGGCUCAGGACCACGGGCAGUCCGCUUUCCAACAUCGAGAAGGUCGAGUUCAGUUCUCAGAAGGAACGCGAUCGGUACGGCUAUACCAACUUUCACAUUAAGCCCGAUCCGAAUAAAGAGGCCCCAGAAAAUCAAGCAAUAGGCAGUAGUACGAGCACCAACGACAGCUAUUAGAGGAUUUUGGCGAAACAAUAAAAAUUCAAGGUCAUAAAAUGUUUAGC